GGGCUUUGUGCUUUAUAAUCUCCUCACAUCUCACGUUCUCAAACCCUACCCAGAUAUAUAAGUCCCCGGCUCUGCUCCUCUGCCUCUCAACCCAGAAAGCUUCAUAUUUUCCUGCAAAACUUUCAAAAAUGGAUGUCAUAAAAGGGAAGUGGAGCAAGAACUUGAUUGCCAAAGCAUGGAGGAGAUGCAGCUUACAAAGAGAGAGCAGCAACAAAGGGUUCAAGCUCAGCUCACUGACCAAGAGCAAGUCAUGGGAUUGCAGCUUCGGUAAUAGAAAGAAGAGCAAAGGCCAAGUAGCUCCAAAUGGGUGCUUUUCAGUUUAUGUUGGGCCUCAAAGACAACGGUUUGCGGUGAAGACGGAGUUUGCGAAUCACCCGUUGUUUAAGAUGUUGUUGGAGGAUGCUGAGACUGAAUACGGGUACAAUUGGGAAGGGCCGAUUUUGCUUCCUUGUGAUGUGGAUUUGUUUGUCAAAGUGUUGGCUGAGAUGGAGUGUACUGAGAAGGAUGUUGGCACUCCAAAUUGCGGGUGGCUGGUGUUGUCUUUGUCUCGACGACGACAACAAUAGUGACGAUGGAUUGUGUUUCUCCUAGAGAAAGUUGUGAUACCUGGUGGCUGAUGUUUUGUCUCUGUUUCAACAGCGGCGGCAGCAGCAACACUGGUAGUAGUUAUUGGGAUGUGAUGCUCUUCUUUACUCUGUGCCAACCAAAGAACUAUGCUUGGUUAUAAGAGGUUUUCUUUGUUCGGUUCUGAGUUGAAGUGGAGCUUUUUUCAGAGGUCUUUUUACUGUUGUUUAUGUGUUCCUCCAUCAUGUUAUCUCCUAGUUUCUGCUAUGGUAUACCUUGCAGUUUGUGUGAGUAUUAAAAGACUAUGAUUUUGCUCAUAGAAUGCUUCUUUUUACAGUUGGGAUGUUCUACGGUCCUCUCAUGUAGGUCUACUGUGUUAGUCUAUAGUUGCAGUUCUCGUCGGAGGUCUAUGUGUUAGUUUUCGUUUUUUAUUUGUUCUUUUAUUGUAAUGGUCCAAAGUGACCUGAAUUGGACUCUCUUUUUAGUCCAUGACAUGUGUAGUACUCUUUCCUCCCAUGGGGUUUGUCCCAUGAGGUUGUCCUAUGAAGAUUUUAACAAGGCCACUAUAUCAUGUCGUUCUUUAUACGUCUUUGAUUCUAUGAAUGAAUUAUCUUUCUAAAAAAUAAAAAAUAAAACUAAGCAAUUUGUUACCGAGUCAAAAAUAAAAAAUAAAACUAAGCAAUAUUCAUGUCUUUAUGGUCAUAGAUUAAAUGUGAAUGUAUUUCAUGCCAUAAGUCAUAGCAAAAACGUCAACACAAUCUACGUGCCUCCAUAGUCCACAUGCUAGUUUGUUUCCCUAUUUUAAAAAAUAACUCCACACAUAAUUUUCC